CAAGUAAUUUCGAAUAUUAAAGCAACGAAGGAGGUGCUAGAUUUCCUCGUAAGUUCCAGUUCUUGUGUUCAUGCACUUUGCUUGCACACCGCGUAAACGCGGUCAACUCUAAAGCUCAUCCCGCGAUUAUAUAUAGCACGACGACACCGCCUUGGCCUAUACCUGAUCCAAUCUCUCUCUCUCUCUCUCUCCCUCCCUGCCUUCUCACGUUCAUUCACGUACUCAACCAUAAGUGUUCCUUUGAGCGCCAUGCCGAGCUCAGACCAAGAUCUCGAGCAAGGAACCGAAAAGAAGGGACCCCAGAAAGCCGACAGCGAUCGCUAUGCUGCGGCGGCGACGGCAACGUACAUGGAAGAGGACAGCGAGUGGACCGUGUGGUUGAUCCCCAUGUUCAUCUUCACCAACGUCGUGGUCUUCGUCGCCAUCAUGUACGUCAACGACUGCCCCGAGAAGAGCUCACGCGUCUACGGCAGCUGCGUCGCCAAGUUCCUCGGCAGGGUCUCGUUCCAGCCUCUCAAGGAGAAUCCUCUCUUCGGUCCAUCUUCUUCUACAUUAGACAAGAUGGGGGCCCUGGACUGGAACAAGAUAGUGCACCAAAAACAAGGUUCGAGACUGAUCACUUGUAUGUGGUUGCACGCCGGUGUCGUUCAUCUGCUCACCAACAUGUUUUGCUUGGCCUUCGUCGGCUUCCGCCUUGAGCAGCAAUUCGGCUUUGUGCGAGUGGCAACGAUCUACCUAUUGUCUGGAUUCGGCGGAAGCAUUCUCUCUUCGCUUUUCAUUCAGAACCAAAUAUCAGUUGGCGCUUCCGGCGCUCUCUUUGGCCUUGUAGGAGCGAUGGUUUCCGAGCUCAUCACUAACUGGACCAUCUACACCAACAAGGCUGCAGCUCUGUUCAUGCUGAUCAUCAUAAUAGCACUCAAUUUAGCACUUGGAGUCCUUCCACACGUAGACAACUUUGCCCACAUCGGCGGGCUAGCGACAGGCUUCCUUCUCGGCUUCAUCCUCCUCAUUCGCCCCCAGUUUGGGUGGGUGGAUCGGCACGACCUUGGAGCUGAGGCUCGUGCCAAGAAGUCAAAGUACAAGGCUUACCAAUAUGUGCUGUGGCUUCUUGCCCUUGUUCUAUUGAUCACCGGAUUCAUAGCCGGGCUGGUGAUGCUGUUUAAAGGAGAGCCCGCGAGUGCUCAUUGCAGUUGGUGCCAUUACCUGAGCUGCGUGCCAACAUCAAAAUGGCACUGCGGGAACUGAUGAAAUCUGCAGAUGAACUCCCCAUUCCUUGUCAUCGAUCUCACAUAUUCACCAUUUGUUUUUCUUCUUCCCAUGAAUGUUCACCAUAUGUGGAUUCGAUUUGAUUAGGAUGCAAAAUGUCAUGUAAAUGCUCAGAUACAGAACUUGUGUACACAAUAAGGUUUCUUGGAAAACAACGAACUAUACCAUCAUUUUGAUGUUACUAACCCUCCUU